AUGGCGCUCAACUACAUGGGCGCCGCGGCCAUCAACGCGGUGGCGGCCCUGCUGUCCAUCCCGGUGAUCGCGGCCGGCAUCUGGCUCUCCACGCAGGCCGACAACGCCUGCGUCCAGAUCCUCCAGUGGCCGCUCAUCGGCCUCGGCGUCGCCGUCCUCGCCGUCGGCCUCGCGGGCUUCGUCGGCGCCUUCUGGCGCCUGCCCUGGCUCCUCCUCGCCUACAUGGUCCUCAUGCUGCUCCUCGUCGCCGCGCUCGCCUGCCUCGCCGUCUUCGUCUUCGUCGCCACCACCGGCACCUCCGGCCGCCCCGUGCCCAGCCGCGCCUUCCUCGAGUACGACCUCGCCGACUACUCCGGCUGGCUGCGCCGCCGCGUCGCCGACGAGCCGGGGAGGUGGGACGAGAUCAAGACGUGCCUGGCCGCCACCGCGCCCGUCUGCUCCGAGCUCAACCAGACGUACGCCGCGCCGCAGGACUUCUUCGCCGCCUGGCUCACCCCGAUGCAGUCCGGCUGCUGCAAGCCGCCGACGAGGUGCGGCUACACCUUCGUCAGCGCGACCAACUGGAUCAGCCCGAUCGACGGCGCCGCCGACCCCGACUGCGCCGCCUGGAGCAACGACCAGGACCGGCUCUGCUACUCCUGCGACUCAUGCAAGGCCGGGCUGCUGCAGAACCUCCGCCGGGAGUGGCGCCGCGCGGACGUCGUCCUCGCCGUGACCGUCGUCGCCCUCCUUGCGGUCUACGCCAUGGGCUGCUACGCGUUCCGCACCGCCAGGACGGACGAGCUCUUCCGCCGCUACCGGCAGGGCUACACGUAA